AUGGAAAGUAGUCUGGAAUUGAAUUAUGGAAAGGUUGUGGAGAUUGUUUUUUGGGCAAAUAGAUAUGGGAUCAUCACCAAACCCAGUUCAGCUCAACUUAUUGGCCGACUUCAAGUUGAAGACAAACAGAAAUUGGAACAGAUUUAUUGCCUUCACAUCCAUCCCAAAGCUUUAGUGAUUGCUGCUUGCAUUGCCAUCAAAUACACUGACAUUUUAUUGCCACAGAGCAAAGCUCACGACUAUAAGAGCUGCAAGUCUGUGCAGCAGCAACUGGCUGGUAGUGAGGUCCUUGACUGGCAUUCCAACGUCAUGGUUACUUCCAGUUACAGAACCAAAAUUUUUUCCGAGUUUCACAAGCAGGUUGUGGGGCAAGAAUUUACUAAAUUUGCAAUCACCACUACCUUGUUAAACCAUAGAAGGUCUGCCUCUGGCCCGUGUGGUCCGUUACUCUUUCUUUAUGGUCCUGGUUGUGGCAGGACAGAGCUUGCUAAAGCCAUUGCUGAGCAAGUUUUUGAUGAUAAAGACAUGUUGACUGAAUUUGACAUGUCAAAAUACAUGAACCCAGAUUCUCACUCAACUGAGCCAGGAUUCAGGGAACAACUCAUUGAAGUUGUGAAGAAGAGACCUUUCGGGGUUGUCUUGCUUGAUAAUAUUGAAAUGGAUGUCUAUCUCAUGGGUAGGAAAAUUGAAAAUUUUCCAAGAAAAGAACUAGGCGAUGAAGAACAUCUACUAAGGCUGAAUGAUUGUCGUCAUAUUUCCAUUCUAGCAGAGGCAAAAAGGCAUUUUAGGACAGAAUUGAUUGAGAAAUUAUAUGAUGUAAUAGCAUUGGAGCCCCUUUCAUUUCUGCAAUAUAAGUGUAUCACGAGACACCUGCUGAGGGACAUUGAGUGCUCCUUUGCACCAAAGCGGACCAUCUUAUGCCCGUCUGAAGCAGCAGUGGGAGUUAUAGUAUUUGAGAACCGUUACACUAACACUAAGAGAUCCAGGAAGAAUAUAAGGAUUUGGCUUGAGAAUAAUGUGACACCAGUGAUACAGGAGCUUCUCACAACAAAUCAGAUAGAUGACACCAGUGGGACAAAGGAUCUAUCUUACAGGUGCGAAAAAAAUGGUACAUCGGAGUAUCAGGAUUUAACAGACUUCCUGAUGACUUUUAAUGAGUUAAGAAUUGCAUAUUAUAAAGAGAAAAAAUGGGUCAAGCAAAUUUACAUGCUGAGAUAA